GACUCACUUCCUGCAUAAACAAAGCUUGCCUGGGCUUCAUUCUGCCACUGGGUUGGACGGCAAGAAUCCUUUUAAAAUGGCGCAAGCUGGGGUUUUACUGGAGCAUGACCAGUUCAACUGUUCCAUAUGCCUGGAUGUCUUGAAGGACCCUGUGACUAUUCCAUGUGGACACAGUUAUUGUAAAGGCUGCAUUAAAGGCUACUGGGACCAGGAUGACUAUCUGGGGAUCUAUGGCUGUCCUCAGUGCAGGCAGAGCUUCGCUCCCAGACCCGUGCUGGGCAGGAACACAAUGCUGGCUGAUGUGGUGGAGAAACUGAAGAAGACAGGGCUCUACGCUGGACUGACAGCGUCUGAUCCAACCCAAGCCGAACCCGGGGAUGUGGAGUGUGAUGUUUGCUCUGGGACAAAAAACAAAGCCUUUAAAUCCUGCCUGGUCUGUCUGGCGUCUUACUGCGAGACCCACCUUCAACCCCACUACGAGUCUCCUGCCUUUCAGAAACACAAGUUGGUUUCUCCUUCAAAGAUAAUACAAGAACAGCUCUGCUCUCGCCAUGAUAAACUCCUGGAGGUGUUUUGCCGCACAGAUCAGCAGUGUAUUUGUUAUCUUUGUUUAACGGAUGAACACAAAGGACACGACACUGUUCUAGCUACAGCAGAGAUGAAUGAGAAAAAGAAUGCUCUGGCAGAGAUGCAGAGGAUUUCCCAGCAAAGGAUUCAGGAGAGAGAGAAGGAGCUGGCCGACCUGAGAGAGGCUACACAGAUGCUUACUCUCUCCGCACAGACGGCCCUCGAGGAGAGCGAGCGCAUCUUCACAGAGCUGGUGUGCUCCAUAGAGCGCCGGCGCACUGAAGUGAUGGAGCUGAUCCGGGGUCAGGAGAGGGCAGCAGUGAGCCAAGCUGAAGCACUCCUUCAACAACUGGAGCAGGAGAUAACAGAGCUGAAGAAAAGACACGUUGAAUUAGGAGAGCUCUCGCAAACAGAGGACCAUAUCGCCUUCCUUCAGAACUGCAGGUCUCUGUGUGCUCAGCCUGUGACUGUUGACUUGCCAAACAUCACCUCUGACCCAAACUUUGGAUCCAUGAUGACGGCGCUGACAGAGUUCCAGGCUCUCCUCGAGGACGUCUGCCAGGGAGGAUUUGUCAGUAUCUCAGAGAAAGUGAAUCACGUUACUAUUAUUGAGAGAACCAAACCAAAGACAGAUUCAGAGUCCAUUACAGCUUCAGCACCGGUCUUUGGUCAGGCUGUACAGAGCUCCUUUACCAUUAGCGUCCCAACAAUUAGUGUGUUUCCAUUCUCGUCAUUUGGAUCCAGAUCACAAGGUCCUCGUCAGAGACUGCAGCCACGUAGGAGACGGAGGUAGCCUUAAGAUCGGCCUGAGAAAUGCCUGAUUAGAAUUCAGUGAAGAGGCCAAAGUCGGUUUGUGGUAGUAUUUUGGAACAUGUACAUUUUCAUGGUUAAAAAAAAAAAAAAAAACUGUAACGCUAUAUUAACCGCAAACUCUUAUUACUAAAUAAGACAGAAAUGUAAAUGCAGAUGCGUUUCAGUGUCUACCGUACAAGUCUCAACGGUAUUAACUUUAAAUUUAUGUUAAUCUGUAUAUCUUACAAUUACAGAUGUGUUUGGAGUGAAAGUUGCAAUAUUGUGUGUGAUUAAACUUUUCAAAAUAAUUACCUGUUGAUUAAGCUAUGAUUAUAAUAUUUUCUUAAGUGUUAAUCAUACACAUUAUAGAGGGUUAUACUUGUGUAAAUUGUCAGUGUUUUAUUCACUGACACUGUCUAUCUAUUAACAGAUAUUCAUUUUAGCUUUAUACUGUAUGUUUGAGAUGUAUUUGUGUGUAUUAAACAUUGUUUAAUUACAAGAAUUUUUAAAAUUAGGAUGUUAAAUACUUAUUUUUCAUAUCAUGAAAAAUAAAGUUUCUUCCAAACAGUU